AUGCGGCUUCAUUGCUGGAUUCUCCUUGCUGCUUCUACUUCACUGCUUGGCAAUGCUGAUGCAGCUGACUAUUUACCAAGAGCAUUGUCAUGGGGUAUGGCACUUACUUCACGUUUGCUCGCUAGAGGGGGCAUGCAUGCAGAGUCUGGAAUUGUCUUUGCUUCAGCAACUGGCCAGAGCAUUUUCAAUAUCGCCAAAGAGUGUAAGACCGCUGAUGGGAGGUUGGUUGAUGGAUGGGAGUGUGCGAACUCCAUUGUUCAGUCUAGUUGUGCUGUUGCGUUAGCAGCUUGUGGGUUUCGCCGGGGUGAGGUGGCCACGAAAAGGAGCAUUUCGUAUCUAGAUGUCAUUCUAUCCAAAUUUCCAAACAAUGUGAAGAUUACAGAUCUUACCAUUAAUGGAGAGAGCGUGCCUUCUAACACAUCACAAGCGAUGAUCGAACGUCGGGGUACAGAUGCUACCGCGGAGCCAAUCGCCGUGGCGUACGCUGGAACACUUCCAUUUACGUUUAUCCUUCACAGCACAAUCACAUCAAAUGACACCGAUCCCGACUUGGAUGACCUUGCAUCUGAAAGUGACUCUCUAAUUCGGAGAGAAGCCAAAGAUAGUCUCGUGGGAAGUGAUAUUCCAAUUUUCAUAGCCACUGAUGGAACAAAUUGGUCAAUCCACCACAUCGCUGCGAUUGACAACGAGACGGCGACACUUGGGGACGAUCUCGUCGAACGUGGUGGCAUCAGUGGCUAUAACCAUAUUGGCGUAGGAGGGUUGAAGGUGGGAUGCAAUUCCGAUCCUGUUGCUUACUGGGAUGACGUUAUCAAUUGGCUCGAAGUAGGUAGAGAGUACAAACCUCUUUACUAUUUAGUUUACUAUACCAAACUGUCACUGUUUGUCGGUCACUCUUUCACUCAAUGGGUCUAUCCAUAUGGAGGGGACAAAGGGUACAAUGGCCAAUUUAUGAUGGAAGGAGAGACGGUUCCUUUCAAUGGGGCCUGGGAGGACAACUGGAAUUGGUGUUUUGGAAUAUAUCCAACAAACUGUUGA